CGCAGCUGCCGCCGCCGCCGCCUCGGACCGAGAGAGUCUUCCUGACUCCGGAGCCUGAGGAGAGAAGCAUCUGGAUCGCCUAGCCGCCCCGGGGCCGCGUCACGGCCUCUGCUGUCCCUCUCCGUGCCACCGUUCCAACCUCCGCCCGGACGCCGCAGCCCGUGGCCCCACCACCCCGCGGUGAUCAUGAAUCAGGCAGAUAAAAAUCAAGAAAUUCCAUCUUACCUUAGUGAUGAGCCACCAGAAGGGUCAAUGAAAGAUCACCCACAGCAGCAGCCGGGCAUGUUGUCUCGUGUGACUGGAGGAAUCUUCAGUGUUACAAAGGGAGCUGUUGGCGCCACCAUUGGUGGUGUGGCUUGGAUUGGUGGAAAGAGUCUGGAAGUGACCAAAACAGCUGUUACAACUGUGCCUUCCAUGGGAAUAGGGCUGGUGAAAGGAGGCGUGUCUGCUGUGGCCGGAGGUGUGACAGCUGUUGGGUCUGCUGUUGUAAACAAAGUGCCCUUAUCAGGAAAGAAGAAAGACAAGUCCGAUUAAGAGACAGGUACACUUGCUCUCCACAGCAUAUGAUGCCAGUGGCAUUGAACUGCUCAAUUACAGACUACAACCAGGUCAACCGCUAAGCUGUGUUGAAAGUAUUGGUGACUGGCUGCAUCUAAAACAAGAAGAGACCAAUACUAUCACAGUGUAUGAAGGCUUCUCAUCCUUAAGUUCAGCUUUUUAUCUUGUAAACUGUUACACUUGCUCAGUUGUAACUCAAGAUAUAGUAUGUUGAAAUAUUUGCUCUAAGUCUUUCAGUUUGACUAAAAAUGUGAAAGUUCCACUUAGUAGAUGAUUUUACAGUUCCAUGUUGUGUACAGUGUGCCAGGUAACUCAUAGGACCCUUACAAAGGGACUCUUGAACCACAUAAACUGUACCUUUGAUGUGCCUAAUAGUUUCAGAUGUCUUAGUUUUUUAUACCUAUAGUGGUUUAGGCCAAGAGGCAUUCUUAUUUAAGCUCACAGAAAAGUAGGAGGAAUUGAGAAGUUUAGAAGAUAAAUGGUUUUAUGAUACUGUUAAUUGUUUUUUGUUAGAUAAGUAUUCUAUUUGUUUAAUCAUUGAUGCCUUACAAAAGAAAACAUCUUUUCUAAUACCUUAAAUAUGUGCAGUUCUUACAAUUAUCAGUGGAUUCUUUUAAAGGUUGUAAAGCUAGUUUUCACUCUUAAAAAUCUCAGGAGUAUUGAGGUGAAGGCAUUGCCUGGUGUCAGUGGGUGAGACAGUGCUUGGUCCCUGUUGUGAGCGGACAUGGAACGUGGGUUUAGCACUGGGGCUCAUGGUCCCAUCAUCAAUACACCCCACAGUGCCUAGGGAACAUUUCUUAGCUGAUCAAAAGCUGUGUGGGAAGUUUCAUAUUGAGAAAGAACAAAUAAUUAAUUUUUAAGUUCUUAUAAUUAUCUGAAGCUUAUUCUGUCUUUAGGAUGUCCUAAAUAAAUUAUCAGUAGUAAUUCCUUUAAACAUACAAUAAAAGCAACUAUUAAAUAUAUGAGGAUUGACUCUUCAAAUGAAUGAGAUGGGCUCCAUACAUUGGCUUUGAAUAAAAAAACCAAAA